AUGGCCGUCGCCCUGCUCGUCGCCGUGCCCCUGCUGCUGCUGCAGGCGCCCGCCGAGAGCGGCGCCCACUACGAGAUGAUGGGCACCUGCCGCAUGAUCUGCGACCCGUACAGCGGCGGGCGGCCGCCCGGCCCCGGCAGCACCGCCGCCGUGGAGGCCCUGCAGGACCUGGGCGCCAACCCCCCGCCGCCCUUCGUCCAGGGACCCAAGGGGGAGCCGGGCCGGCCGGGCAAGCCGGGCCCCCGCGGACCCCCCGGGGAGCCGGGCCCGCCGGGUCCGCGGGGCCCGCCGGGGGAGCGGGGCGACGCGGGGAAGCCGGGGCUGCCCGGGCUGGCGCUGGCGGGCGCGGGCGGCGGCGGGAGCGGCGGCGGGGCGGCGGCGGGCGGCGAGGCGGCGGGCGGGCUGAGCGCCGCCUUCGGCGGGCCGCGCAUCGCCUUCUACGUGGGGCUGAAGAGCCCCCACGAAGGCUACGAGGUCCUCAAGUUCGACGACGUGGUGACCAACCUGGGCAACCACUACGACCCGGCCAGCGGCAAGUUCACCUGCCAGGUGCGCGGCAUCUACUUCUUCACCUACCACAUCCUCAUGCGCGGCGGCGACGGCACCAGCAUGUGGGCCGACCUCUGCAAGAACGGGCAGGUGCGGGCCAGUGCCAUCGCCCAGGACGCGGACCAGAACUACGACUACGCCAGCAACAGUGUGGUGCUGCACUUGGACUCUGGCGACGAGGUGUAUGUCAAGCUGGACGGAGGCAAAGCGCACGGAGGCAACAACAAUAAGUACAGCACUUUCUCUGGCUUUCUUUUAUACCCCGAUUAA